UUAGGUGAUUCCUAAAUCCCAGCUGGACUGUCAAUAAACUUCACACAGUCUAAAUACUACCACAUAUCAUUUUAUUCAACUGGGAUUGUGUCUGGGAACUGUGUAAAUAAUUUCCGAAACUGGGGGAAAGCCCCUGAAGGCAUCAUAGUUGCAAGUCACGUGAUAGUUGAUAGGCUCACCGGAUUGGCUCUGACCUGCCACGUGACAAUAAAAGACGUUCGUGAUUGGCUCCUUCUUUCCUUCCUUGCUUUUUUCCCGCAACAAACUAGUGUUGAAAUUCUCAGCGCCACGCCGCAGCACUUUUCGCAAACAAAAUGCCAAAACGAGCUUAUCCUUUCCCGGAAACCUUCUCCUCCCAGUACAAAAUACACAUCGGUCAGCAGGAGCUGAACAACUAUGGCGUGUUUGGGAGUAAAUACAGGCAAGAAAUAUACGAAAAGACAAAGAACAUACUCUUCAACGGUGCAAAGGCUGUGAUGGGCAAAAUAUGGACGGGCGAGGAGAAGAGCUCAGAACCGCAGACGCCUGCACAAGUGGAGACGUCCACAUGCAGCCAAACACUGCUGAGAGGACAGACGCUGAUCGGUCACGACGGGAGGCUGACGAAAACGAGUACUGCACGAGGUGUCCCAGGGGCUUCAACAGGCUGCUGCGUGUGUCAGAAGAACCAGGGGUCCAGGACACGAUGCUCCCAGUGUGACCGUCAAGCCUGUUCCUCCUGCACACGACAGUGUUCCAGCUGCUCCAGCCUCUGCUGCUCCGUCUGCACUAUCAUAGAUUACAGCGGGAGAUAUGACGAAACGCUGUGCUGCAGCUGCUCGACGUAAAGGAGGAAGAAAGGAAGGACGAAUCGGGUUUAAGCUUGAACAUAUGAAGCUGCCUCAUGAGAUAUUACUGAGACUGCGUUUUAUUCCUGUGAUUUUUUUUUUCUUUUUUUUAUGUCAUCCAGAUGUUUUCUUGUCUAUGUGUGUAUAUAUGUGUAUGUAUUUCACUCUAUUUGUAACUGAAAUAAACUUGAACACUUUUCUA